AUCUUUAAAGCCCUAACCCCUCCCCUCCGUUUCCCUUUCUAUUCUCUGCCGAUUCUAUCAGUCUUUCUCCGAUGGCCAGCGGCGAAGCCACCGUCAACGGCUCCGGCUACGUUCCUGAAUACACUAUACCCCCUGCCUCUUCCUUCGACGACGCUGCGGCUAACCUAAUUGUCCCUUCCCAUACGUCAGCUAGUGCAGUAGAAACCGCGAUCGAGACAGCGCCGUCGGAUUUUCAGCUGGCUGCUCCGGCUGGUGAAGCGACUCCAGCCUCGGCUUCGACGGCCGGGCCGGGGACCAAUGGCAGUGAUAAAAAGUGGCCAGGGUGGCCUGGGAACUGCGUGUUCAGGCUGAUCGUGCCAGUUCUGAAGGUCGGGAGCAUCAUUGGACGCAAGGGAGAACUGAUUAAGAAGAUGUGCGAGGAGACUAGAGCUCGAAUCCGCGUACUUGAUGCCCCCGUCGGAACUCCUGACCGCAUUGUACUGAUAUCGGGAAAGGAGGAGUUAGAGGCACCACUGUCCCCUGCAAUGGAUGCUGUAACAAGAGUGUUCAAACGCGUGAGUGGAUUACCUGAGAGUGAGGGUGAUCCUAAAGCCGCUUCUGCGGCGGCUGCUUUUUGUUCGAUCAGAUUCUUGGUGGCAUCUACCCAAGCCAUCAAUCUAAUUGGAAAGCAAGGUUCGCUUAUCAAGUCAAUACAGGAGAACACUGGGGCUUCUGUUCGGGUAUUACCCGAAGGAGACUUGCCAUUUUAUGCCUCUGCAGAUGAACGGAUUGUUGAGAUACAAGGAGAGGCCUCUAAGGUUCUUAACGCCAUAGAAGCAGUGGUGGGACAUUUGAGAAAGUUUUUGGUUGAUCAUAGUGUUCUCCCUCUCUUUGAGAAGACUUUCAAUGCAGCGGCUCAGGCCCAACAAGAUCGACCGGCAGAGACCUGGAGUGAUAAGUCAUUACCACCUCCAGUUGCUCAAGUAGGGUUCGGUGGCACUGAUUACUCGCUCCCAGCAAAGAGGGAACCACUAUAUUUGGAACGGGAAAGUCGAUUAGAGACCCAAAUCGCAACAUCUGGGGUUUCACUCUAUGGACAAGAUCCUGCACUUUCUGGAAUUCGUUCUUCUAGGGUUGGCCGUGCAGGUGCUCCUAUCGUGACACAGGUCGCACAAACAAUGCAAGUACCAUUGACAUAUGCUGAGGACAUCAUCGGUAUUGGUGGAGCUAGUAUUGCAUACAUUCGUCGUACUAGUGGGGCAAUCCUAACUGUUCAAGAGAGCAGAGUGCUGCCCGAUGAAAUAACUGUGGAGAUUAAGGGCACUGCUUCACAAGUUCAGACAGCUCAACAAUUGAUUCAGGAAUUUAUAAGCCGUCACGCAGAACCAGUUACAAGCACCUACGGGAAGGUGGACCCGGGUCUGAGGUCAUAUUCUCAGUUGGGCGAUUCAUCAUACCCCUCAUCAGGAUACUCAUCACAAUCAUACGGCGGGUAUGGUUCCUCUAGUCUAGGAGGAUACAGCAGCUUCAGGCUUUGAAAUGCUAGAGCAAUACCUCUGGCUUUUCAGACUUCCUGUAAUCUUGAAACUCAGCCGAGAACUCUGUAAAGUUACAGAAAUUAGUUCAUGUUUUUUUUCUUUUUUAUUUAAUCGAUGAUGAGGAUGGUCAUUAGUAUUACGAUUUAUAUACAUGCGGUGCCGUCUGAUGCUUGCUGUUUCAAGUUAGAACCAACGUGGUAGAUGGAUGCCUCAGUUUCCAAGUUGGAAGGCAUUUGUGCUUUGGUAUGGUUGUGUUGCUGAUUCUAAAACUACUGAAAUAAAAUCAUUUGUUAAUUUCGAA